AUGAUAAGAGAAAUUAAAACGCAACUACCCCAGGAGGGUACCGGCACUGCCGGAGAAUCCGUCCCUGAGUGCAACUCAGGCAGUCCCAUCGUAUCUGGGGGGGACAAAUUUCUCAUCGACGGCGAUGCGUUAUGCCACGGGUCACGUCAUGUCUCCCCUGUUUCCCCAAAUGGCAAAAAGAGGGCAAAGGAAUGCCAAAUUGCAACGAUGAAUGUUUGUGGAGGUAUGGAUAGUAAAAUAGACGAAGUAUGUGAGAUGAUGAGUGAAAGAAGAAUUGAUGUAUUAGGAGUAAGUGAAACAAAAAAGAAAGGCUGCUCUAUUACUACUUAUGACCGAUAUACUGGGUACUGGUCCGGAGUUAAUGACUCUGAAAGAAGCAGCCAAGGAGUGGGAGUUAUUUUGUCAGAGAGAAUGAAUGCAUCUGUUAAAGAUUUUGAAUUUGUAAGUCCUAGACUCCUCUGGAUACGACUGAAAGUUGGUUUGACCCGUAUUUUUCUCCUUUGCGCUUAUGCCCCGGAUAUGUCCAAGCCACCAAAGGUCAGAGAGGAUUUCUGGGAUAGUAUAAGAGAGAUUAUGACUAAAUGUAAGGAGAAUGAAAGAAUUAUUUUGAUAGGUGAUUUUAAUGGCUGGGUGGGAAUCCGUCGCGAUGGAUAUGAAAGGAAUUUAGGAAUGUUUGGAGAUAAAAGAGUGAAUGAAAAUGGUGAAAGUUUAUUAGAAGUAUGCCUGGAGAGAAAUCUGGUGGUGACUAAUACUUUGUUUAGUCACAAACUGAUUCAUAUGUAUACAUGGCAAAGGCAAACUGAGAGAAGUAUGAUUGAUUUUGUAAUUGUGGAUGAACGAUUGAGAGCGAAAGUGAAGGAUACAAGAGUCUAUCGUGGUACGAAUGUCGGAACUGAUCACUUUUUGGUGAUAUCGAGAAUAGGUGGCUUAUUCAAUAAAUGGCGACAUCGUCCACGUGCUCGUAUGUCAGAAAUAGAAAGAGUAAGAGUAGAGAGACUGACAGAAGAACAGGUUCGAAAUCAGUAUCAAGAAAGAUUGAAUGAAAGAUUUAGAGAGCUACUGAAGAAAGAUAACUAUGAGAUAGAAGAAUUUUGGAAGGAAUUUAAAUGCGGAAUCUUUGAUAUAGCUACUCAAGUUUGUGGUGUAAUAAGACCACAUUAUCUUAAGUCCAAUUACGUAUACGAGUAUGAAAUUACUCUGAGGCGUACUAAAAUAGCUGCAAAUGUCAACAUUGACCGAUCUACGUACCUACAAGAGGAAUGA